AUGUCUUCGUACUCUCAAUAUUCAAAGCCCUUGGUGGGGGUAACAUCCACGAUAAUGGUCCUAGGGCUAUUUUAUAUCCUGUAUCAAAAUGAUUAUCUUGACGUACAACCUUUACCAGCUACACAACCACGCGCAAAAAGAUCACCAACAAAAGGAGAACAAGCUGAAGCACGCGCACAAAAGGAAGCUUUAAAAAAUGCUAAAGAACUUUCUGCCCUGCCUUUUCAAGAAGAUGCAGCAGCAGGAGAUGGUUCGGCAUGGGGAAGUUUUAUUGGUACAUUCAACAAUUUCUCCAUAAUAUCUGACGAACAAUGGAGAACUGUUUCGGAGACUUUCGCAGGAUAUUCCGAUUACAUUAUGCCGGAUUGGGCCAAGGUUCUACCGGGAUACAUUGACAAAUUGAGAAGGGAAUUGAAUAUGGCCCCAGGCUCGUUGGCAGAUGAUAUAUGGAAAGAAGCUCAAGAUCCGGACAUCAAUCCUGAAAUCAACUAUUCUGCAUCCGUACGAGUAUCCAACGAUCUUUGUGAUGAGGAAAAGGCAUUUUUAGACAAAAGAAAGUUCAUGACGAAAACCGCUCUGGCCAAAUACCUAAGCCUCCCAGAAGAAUCUAUUCAUCCGGAUGAUGUUCCACGUAUUGCUAUGGUGGGAUCUGGAGGUGGAUUGCGAGCUUUGGUAGCUGGCACAGGUUCUAUGUUAGCGGCUGAUGAGGAUGGUUUGUUUGAUUGUGUCACUUAUACAGCAGGUGUCAGUGGUAGUUGUUGGCUUCAGUCUCUCUUCAACUCAUCUCUUGGUGGAAGACGUCUGGAUAGAUUGGUUGAGCAUUUAAAAGCACGAAUUGGAAUUCAUAUCGCUUCUCCUGUCGAUGCAUUAACCGCUCUUAACUCUGCACCCACGAACAAGUUCCUUUUGAGUGGAUUUGUCGAAAAGCUGAAAGGAGAUCGUAAUACAGAAUUUGGUUUAGUCGAUAUAUAUGGUUUACUAUUAGCGGCAAGAUUACUCGUACCAAAAGGUGAACUUGGUGUGGACGAUCGAGAUUUGAAGAUAUCGAACCAACGAGACUAUAUCAAUAAUGGUGAAAAUCCGAUGCCCAUAUAUACAGCAGUUCGUCAUGAGAUACCUAUAAUAGAGGAUCUUAACGAACAAGAAAAACAAACAGAAGUUCCCUCCGAAGCUACAAAGGAGAAAGCUGUAAGAGAAGCUUGGUUUGAAUGGUUUGAAAUUACUCCUUAUGAAAUGUUUUGCGAAGAGUUUGGAGCAGGAAUUCCAACUUGGGCACUAGGUCGAAAAUUUGAGGGCGGACAAGACAUUCCUCAUGAAGAAACUGGAUUGCGAAUACCCGAGCUACGACUGCCACUUCUUCUUGGGGUUUUUGGAAGUGCUUUUUGCGCUACUUUAAGUCACUAUUAUAGAGAAGUCCGACCUUUGGUUAAGGGAUUGAUGGGAUUUGGUAGUAUCGAUGAUAUGAUCGCAGGACGAAAUGAAGAUUUGAGUAAAGUUCAUCCGAUCGAUCCAGCUAGUAUCCCCAACUUUGCCUACGGAAUGAAGGGACAACUUCCGGAAUCAGCCCCAGAAAGUAUCUAUGAGAGUACACAUUUGAAACUCAUGGAUGCUGGAAUGUCCAAUAAUUUACCUAUCUACCCGCUUCUUCGACCAGGAAGAGAAGUCGACGUGCUCAUUGCUUUUGACGCAAGUGCAGAUGUUAAAACCGAUAAUUGGUUAUCGGUCGUGGAUGGAUAUGCAAGACAGCGUGGCAUUAAAGGCUGGCCGAUUGGCGUUGGCUGGCCAAAAUCAAGCGAUUCAGCUGAGAAAACAGAACAACAAUUAGAUCAAGCUCAAGUCAGUACCGCUGCCGAAGCCGAAACCAAGUUGGAAAAAGCACAAGAGGAACAAGCGAUGCAUUUGGAAAGGGUCGUAUCAAGCGAAGAGAAACCAAGGAGUUUGGAUGCGGAAGAUAGCGGUGAUCUAGGGUAUUGUACUGUGUGGGUGGGGACCACCGAAGAACGUGUCGAGGAGGAACCACCGUUAUCUAAAGCGGUGAAGGAAGAUUGGCAAUUGAUGACACCAGAUGCUGGGAUUGCAGUGGUUUAUCUCCCGUUUCUCGCGAAUCCAAAGGUCGAGGGCGUGGAUCCGGCAAUUAGUGAUUAUAUGAGUACGUGGAAUUUUGUUUAUACCCCGGAUGAUAUCGAUCAUGUGGUGGAGCUGGCGAAAGCGAAUUUUGCAGAGGGGAAAGAACAGAUUCGACGGACGGUAAGGGCGGUUUAUGAGAGGAAAAAGAGGAUUCGAGAGGAUAGGGAAAGGAAGGAGAGGGAAGAGAGGUUUAGGAGGAAAGUGAGAUUGGGGAUUGUGGGGAAAAAGGGCGAGGGAGAUCAUUUUCAUUUGACGUGA